GCGUGAAUUGAAACUUUUUUGUUCAGUUGUCAAUCAGCUGAACCAUCUGUCAAACUGUCAAAUUAUCAGUUUGAGUCAAAAAAAUGUAAACUCAGUUAAAAGUAAAAGGUGAUUUUUAAAAAUAAACCAGCAAAGUCCGUUUAAUUUUAGUAUCGCCGUAGUUACACAACAUACUAAUAACAUAAUUGCGCGAGUCACAACACAAAUGUUAGAAGAAUUCAGGUUAUUUUAUCAAAUGCUUUUCUAACCUAUAUAGCAAUCUAAUUUGUUAAAAUGCUAUACUUUAAGCAUUUUUGUCGCGUACAUUACAAGAAUAUUACACAAACAUGUGUACGACUAUAUAGUAGGAAUAUUUUAAAGCUUAAAGAUCGAGGAAUGUAUCAAGAUGUAUUUCCAAAUACAGCGGCAUCUGAUAUUCUUAAUCUAUUGAACAAAUCUCCACAGUGUGUGUAUGCUGGAUUUGACCCUACAGCUGACAGUCUUCAUGUUGGAAAUCUACUUGUUAUUAUAAACUUGUUACACUGGCAAAGAGGUGGUCAUGAUGUCAUUGCAUUGCUUGGUGGUGCAACAGGACACAUUGGGGAUCCAAGUGGAAAAAGUACAGAUCGUGUGGCAUUAGCAAGUAACAUAAUAGCUGACAAUAUUGCAUGCAUUAAAAGUAACCUGGAAACAGUAUUUGAAAACCACAAGAAAUAUAUUUGGUCAGAAGAUGAAGACAAAUUAAAACCUAUACGGAUUGUGAACAAUGAAACUUGGUAUAAAGAGAUCAAUUCAAUACAAUUUGUGAGUGAUAUUGGUCGUAACUUCAGAAUGGGAACAAUGCUGUUAAAGCAAAGCGUUAAGAACAGGAUUAACUCUGACGUAGGAAUGAGUUUUACUGAAUUUUCAUAUCAAAUAUUUCAGUCGUAUGAUUGGCUACAUUUAUUAAAAGAAUACAAUUGUAGAUUUCAGAUUGGUGGAAGUGAUCAAAUGGGAAAUAUCUCAGCUGGACAUGAGCUAAUUACUAGAAUGAUGAAGCAAGAUGUGUAUGGUUUGACGCUGCCAUUAGUUACAACAGAAGAGGGUGAUAAAUUUGGCAAAUCUGCAGGAAACGCUUUAUGGUUAGAUGGAAAGAAAACAAGUCCAUAUAGUUUGUAUCAAUAUUUUAUCAGGACUAAGGAUUCAGAUGUGGAAAGGUUACUGAAGCUAUUCACUUUCUAUAGUUUAGGAGAAAUCAAAGAUAUUAUGUACAAGCAUAAACAUCAUCCAGAACAAAGAUUUCCACAAACAUGCUUAGCUGAACAACUUACAACUUUAGUGCAUGGAGAGGAAGGUCUUGCCCGAGCUCGACAAGCAACAGAUGCAAUAUACAGUAAAGAUGUAAAAUCUCUAGUGACCCUGAGCGCAUCGGAUUUAGAACAAGUGUUUGAUGGUGCGCCUGUUAUCAAACUACUUUUAUCGCCCGGCAUCACUGUGCUCAAGUUGGGCAUAAUGGCAAACUGCUUCCCUACAGAAGGUGACGCAAUGAGGAUAAUUCAAGCAGGCGGCUUCUACAUAAAUCACCAAAGAAUAAAAAAUAUAAAUGAAGUUAUAACAGAAUCUGCACAUAUUCUACCAAAUCUAAUAUCAUUACUAAGAGUUGGAAAAAGGAAUUAUUACAUAGUCAAGUGGCAAACAUAAUGUAUUUAAGAUGAAAUAAAAAACAUUAAUAUCGGAAUAUAAUCGUUAUAAUUACUUACAACAGAAGCUUGUAUACUUGCAGUAUAUAAUAAAAUGCGUAUCACAUAAACGUCGUAAAUACUACAUAACAUAAACUAGCCUAGAGUUAUAGUCACUGUAAUAGCGCGGCUAAAAUAACUAAUGCACUGUCAAGUUAUAAAAUAUCAUAAAAAUAUGGCUACACAUAAUACAACUCGUUACGUUUUGUGCAUCCCCUCCGUGGACUCGAUCUCCCUAAUAUCACAAGGCAUUAUCGUAACAUCUCUAUAUUGUACAACACCCCAUUCAUUGACCACUCAGUGCUACACAUGGCUCACCAGCUGAGCAGCUCAGUUCGCAUGGAUGUAGCAGAUCAGUGAACCGGCUCACAGAUCAACUCCAUUCAUACCUGUAUAUAGGUAUGAUUUGCUUGAGUUGCGAGUCAUCUGCCAGUUUGCAGCUCUACAGCUUCCAGUUAUAAUACAUAGUAUUGAGCCAUAGAUCAAUGGGUCAAAAUGGUGAACUGAUCUGUUGAACUGGUUCAGACCUGAUUUACUCACGUCCACUCAGUGCAAUGCAAAAGCUUUUGCUGUGACAUUUCUUAUUUGAAUUAAAUCUUGAAAAAUUUAUAUACAUCUUUAUAGUAAUCACUGACUGCCGGACUCUAAGUGGCCACAAAGGACAUCCUAUAGUGUACAUUUAGUUUAAUCAAUGGAUUCUGAGUCCGGCAGUGAUGCAUUCACCUAUAUACGAUUAAAAAAAUAAUUGACCCAUGCAAAAUAUACUAUGCACUAUUGAUUUCUAUUUGCACUAAUAAUACUCGAUUAUCAGCCGAUUCCUAUGAUUUACUUCUAAAUAGAGGGCAUCAGUCUGCGAUUUUUAAAAUCGUUCGUCUUAAUUUUAGCGGCAAAGCAUUUUGCGACCGUUUAUACUUUUAUAUACCUACCAAUACUGCGUACAAAGAUUUAAAUACACUUAAACGGACACUUUACAUGUGUUCUUAAUGUUAUGUAUUUCACAAUAUACUUAAACACGAACUGCAGAGAAUAUAAAACGAGUUUCCUGCCUCGUUGUUUUAAAAUUUUCUGGAAUAUAAAAUGCCGAUUUUAUAGUCGCUUUUAGAUGACCAAUGAAGGUAUUCACAAAAAUCAAAUAAUUACUCAAACAAUGAGCUUACGAAACACGAUG